AUGAACGAAAAAAUUAAAGAAUACACUAAGGCUGGCAAAUUGAAACAUUCUUCAUAUCUUUUGGUUACUAUAUGGGUAAAAGAAGCUUGGAAAGCUGUUGAUAUUAAUAUGAUCAGGAAGUCUUUUAAAUGUUGUAGAAUCUCUAAUACGAUGGAUUGA